AAAAAAAAGAAAAAAAGAGGAAAAGUGGAGAAAAGAAAGAGACGUAACAAGUAGUCUGUGUCUUUUUAGAUCUAACUCAGAAACCCUUUUGAGAUCAGGCCAAGCUAUGUCGUGGUCGUCGUCUUUGCUGCUCAGCCUCUCUUCCAAGCUCUCUCCCCGCAAACUUGCCCUGAGAUGCCAAACCCUUCGUACGUUCUCCUCCACCACCACCACCACCACCACCAACCCUAACUUGUUUUAUCGUGUCAGCUGUUGUGGUGAAAAAGGUGAUGUAGAAUCCCCAGGUGUAAUGACACAGCUCCACAUGUUUGACCCGGCCAAAGAAGAACAUAUCAUCGUCGGUGAUAUGCCAUUUCCCAAAGAGUUGGUCGAGUCUUCGCUUGUGGGAAGUUCCCAUGGAUGGGGAGUUUUUCUAUGGGGCCACCGUUCCUUACUAAUCACUGACUUCUGCAACCCCUUGAGCUUUAAAUCAAAACCCAAGUUCAUCCCUCUCCUUCUUAGGCCUGACCUAAUUGGUUGUCAAGCUGAGUUGGUAAGUGGCGUGGCAAUGUCCUCUUCUCCUGAUGAAGAGGAAGAAGACUACCUCGUGGCUGUCAAGUUUACGGGACGUGUGGUGAGUAUAUAUAAGCCGAGUGACACUAAGGCCGCGCUCCAUUACAUUUUGCCUCAUAAUGUAUUCGAUCAUUUUGAACCAUCCAAGUUGAUGUAUUCCAAGAGAGAUCAAAGGUUCUACAUGGUAAGUUCUGGUGGCCACCACUUGUGGUCUUGGGAUGGUCUUGAAUCCACGAGGCCUGAGUUCCAUGAGUUGCGCUUUCACAACCUUCCUCAGUUUUCGUGUUCCGAGUUGCAGCUUUUGGAUUCUUCUCACAGGACACACCACCUUGUGGAGUCUCCCUCAGGACAACGAUUCCUAGUCAAAUGGUAUGUCCAAAGCAGCAAGGCAUUAGGAUUCAAUUGUGGUGGCACAAAGCGGUUCAUGGUGUUUAGAGAGGAGGAAGAUAUGAACAUGUGUUACACAGAAGACAUUGGUGAUCUCUGCAUAUUCCUCGGCGAUAACGAGCCUUUUUGUGUCAAGGCCAGCUUAUUCCCGGGCUUAAACCCUAACUCCAUCUAUUUCAUCGGUGAAGCCUAUGGUGAAGGCUAUGGUGUUUACAGUAUCGCCACUAGAACCCCACGUUCCUUCAAACCCAAGCCUACCUCAAGUGGCCAAGGUUUUAUGAUUCGUCUAUGGGCUCCUCACUGGCUUCCUCCGUUUCCUCUCUAGUUGUUAUGUUAUGAACAACUAAAAACAUAAUCUGUAGUAUACUGUCUUCUUAAUUACCAUCUUGGUACUGUUAGCUCUCCCAACUUGUGUACAAUCUAAUCAGUAGUAGAAUCCCUGGGUCCUCCAUUGCGUUCUUCAAUGGCUCUA